AACUCGUCGUGCCAGUCUUCAAGCAGCAUUUUUUUUUUUUUUUUCCGCAUAACGACUGCGGCGGCGGGGAACAUUACCCGCAUCAAAUGCUUCUGCUCUCUUCUUCCUCCUCUUCAGAGCUGCUUCUUAGCGUGCUCUGUCGACUGCAUAAAUCAUCAGAGAAAAAUGGCGUUAAAGCAUACGCUGGUAUUGAGGAACCUAUUCCUUGCUUCCGAAAGCACCCACACCUCAUCUUCAUCGCCGUUCCCAAACCCCAUUUCUUCCCUUCGUUUCCUCACAUCUCCUUCUCAACCUAAAAUCAAGCGGCUCGGUUUCAAUCGCUCCGUUGAGUACAACGGCCACCACCACGAGCAGUCGGUCUACCCCAAGCCCUCGGAGAUUCCGUGGAAGAAAGAGCUCUGUAAUGCGGUGCACCUCAUCGGCAUUGUCGGAACGCCUGUCCAAUUAAAGCAUCUCAGCUCCGGUAAAGUCCUUGCCUGGACGCGCCUGGGGUUCAAGAAAUCUGCCACUGACACUAUUUGGAUCAAUUUGACAUUUUGGGAUGAGUUGGCACAAGUUGCUUUUCAACAUGUAGAGAAAGGCAAUCAGAUAUAUGUUUUUGGUCGGCUGGUUUCUGAUACUGUUGAAAAUGAUGAUGGAAAGCAGCAGAUAUAUUACAAGGUUGUUGUUCAACAACUUAAUUUUGUUGAAAGGAGCUUGUCAUCAGCUGCUACGUAUGAUCGUGAUCCUAGUUCCAUGACAGCAGGCAGCAGAAAGCUCAGCAAUGUUGCGGCAAGUAGUACUGGUUCCACUGAAGAGCUGUGGCAAGCCUUCUUUGCUAACCCUGUUGAUUGGUGGGACAAUCGGAAAAGCAAGAGAAACCCCAAAUAUCCAGAUUUCAAACAUAAAGAUACUGGGGAAGCUUUAUGGAUUGAAGGCAAAUACAAUCCCCCAUGGGUGAAGUCCCAAUUGGCAAUACUGGAUUCAAGAAUGGAGCCUCUUCAUGAUCAGGAUGCAAGGAUGCAUGUAACCUCAAUUGCUGGUGAUGAGUUUAUGCCAUUCUAACUGCUUGUUUUGCUGAUUGUUGGAUACUGAUGUCACUGGAAUGUUUUCUUCGUAUGGUUCUGAUGUGUUGUUGGGCAUAGUUUUGGAAGAAUUUUGGCAGGAUUUAUUUUUGUAGAGUCUGUAUUUGGUAUAUACAUUGUGGGCUCAUUAUUAGUUGAUCUUGUAUUUUUUAAGCUUCAAACAAAGGAUUUGAUCAAAUAUGAUCAGUGUAGUACUUGGAAAUUUUGCGAGUAUUAUAUUAUUCCUGUGCAGAUCAGGAUUGAUUUUA